AUGGCCUCAGCCGAACCACGGCCGUCGGCCACGACCCAAGUGUUAGUCGAAGAUGUUACGGAAGUUGCUGAGGGACUAGUCUUGAGGCCAAAUCCGACCACUUCAUUGGAAGUCCCACAAUUCAUGCAUGCCAUGGAGAAUAUUGCCCAGACGAUGGCCACUCAAAAUGCUCAAAUCAAUGAGAGGUUUGAUCGAUUGUUAGGCCCAACAAAAUGGUCAAAAUGGGAACCAAGUGGCACCUAA